CUCAAACUCUCCACCAACAUGGCAAAGAGAGAUCAUCUUCUCCCAAUGGCCUCCACACUCACCCAAUCACCUCACCACCCAACCUUAACCCUAACCCUAACCCUAACCCUCUCCACACUCAUCCUACUCUCAUCACCACCACCCUCUCUCGCCUCCGAUCCUGACCCGCUGCAGGACUUCUGCAUCGCGGACCUCCGGGCCCCGAUCUCCGUGAACGGCUUCCCCUGCAAACCAUCCCCAAACGUGACAUCGGACGACUUCUUCUUCGACGGGCUGGCCCGGGAGGGCGACACCUACAACUCCAACGGCAGCAGCGUGGUGUACGGGAACGUCCUCGCGUUCCCGGCCCUGAACACGCUGGGGAUCUCGAUGAACAGAGUCGACGUGGCCCCCGGGGGGCUCAACCCUCCCCACUCGCACCCCCGGGCCACGGAGGCCGGCAUCGUCGUGCAGGGGAAGCUGCUGGUGGGGAUGAUCACCACCUCCAACGUGCUCUACGCGAAGAACGUGACGGCGGGGGAGAUGUUCGUGAUCCCGAGGGGGCUGGUGCAUUUUCAGAUGAACGUUGGAAACGAGACGGCGCUGAUCUACGCCGCUUUCAACAGCCAUUUGCCAGGAUCGGUUUUUGUAGCUUCGAAUCUGUUUGGGGCGAGGCCUCCUGUGCCCGACGAUGUUCUUACAAAGGCUUUUCAAGUUGAGCAGCGUCUCAUUGCUCAAAUCAGAUCCAAAUUUGGUUGAUAAUUUCACAUAUUUCUUCAAGUUUUGCUACUGGUCUGUUGCUAGAUGGAAAAUAAGGUUGUAUUAUUAUUAAUCACGUAGUUCGGAUCCUCUGUAGAGAAUUUAUGUCGCAUCUUCUAUUGUAUUCGUGGAUAGUUUAUUUUGCAUGAUUGAUUAUAUAUAUGAUUGUGUAUUUUUAUUCUA